UUAAGGUGUCAACCCAAGUUCAUAAGAGUUGCUUGCAAGAACAGAAUGGCUACUUCUAUGUUUUUGGUUGUUUUAGUGAUUUUCUUGAUGGGUUUGUCAGCCAAAGGUCAAGGAGGCUUGAAAACUGGUUUUUAUGCUUCUUCAUGCCCAAAAGCUGAGGCCAUAGUAAGGUCUACUGUAGAAACACAUUUCAACAGAGAUCCUACUAUUGCUGCUGGUCUGCUUAGGCUACAUUUUCAUGAUUGUUUUGUUCAGGGCUGCGAUGGAUCAAUCUUGAUUACAGACACAUCUGCAGAGAAGGUUGCACCACCAAACCUUGGGUUAAGAGGCUUUGAAGCGAUUGAUGAUGCCAAAACACAGCUGGAGACCUUGUGCCCCGGAGUUGUCUCAUGCGCCGAUAUUGUCGCGUUAGCCGCCCGUGACUCUGUGGACUUGAGUAAUGGCCCAAGUUGGUCAGUACCCACAGGAAGAAGAGAUGGAAGGAUUUCAUCAACAGCUGAGACCUCAAAUUUACCAUCUCCACUUGAUCCUAUCUCCAUUCAAAGGCAAAAGUUUGCUGCUAGGGGCUUAAAUGAUCAUGAUCUUGUAACCCUAGCUGGGGCACAUACAAUUGGCCAAAGUGAUUGUUUAUUUUUCCGGUACCGCCUAUAUAAUUUCACGACAACAGGCAAUGCAGAUCCAAGCAUAAACCAGGUAUUCUUAGGGCAACUACAAGCUUUGUGUCCUCAAAAUGAUGAUGGAUCUAAACGUGUGGCACUAGACAAAGAUAGCCAGACCAAGUUUGACAUUAGUUACUUCAAGAACAUCAAGGAUGGAAAUGGAGUUCUAGAGUCAGAUCAGAGACUUUGGGAAGAUGCAACAACUCGUGGUAUUGUACAAAAUUAUGCAGGGAAUGUAAGAGGUUUACUUGGACUUAGAUUUGAUAUUGAGUUCCCCAAGGCUAUGAUCAAGAUGAGUAGCAUUGAAGUGAAGACAGGGACUCAAGGAGAGAUUAGAAAGCUAUGCUCCAAGUUCAAUUGAUGAUGCAAUGCAAGC